UUUAAGAAACCUAAGUUCCGUUGAAGCGCUUGCCAUCUACUUUGUCUACCUGCCUGUAUCUAACUUAAGGACUACUUUAGCAAAUCUCCUGAUCUACUGAAGCUACAUAUCUAGCCUAUGCCUACGAACGAAUUUUCAUCGACUAGCGAAUGCAUAGUCUAUUGUCUGUCUACUUUAUUCGGGUGGGCAGUUUUAAAAAUUAAUUUCUAUAGCUCACAAGAAAUUGGCUCAGUUUUAUGAAAUGCGGUUGUGUUUGAAUAGUUUUAGUCAGGACUUGAAGUCAGUUUUGUAAUUAGACUAGGCAACGAAGAGCCGUGGGAGGGAACUUUAUCAAAUUGCCUGGUCUACCCUGAACAAAUGCACUGACAUCAUAACGCGUUACCCUGGCUGACUGGAGAUCAGUGGAACGCGGCUGCUGGCUCUUUUCUCAUCAUUCACCAGGUCGUGUACUGGGUCGGAUGAAAUAGAACCUUCGGAACGGACGCGAAACGCCGGGUGGGAAUAUGGCAAAAAAUUGUAUAGACGGACCGAGGGAUGAUUUUUGUAAAAUACCAGAUGAGGAGCUUAUAAAAUGGAGCAAAGAAGAAUUAAUACAAAUACUGAGAAAGACAGAUGGGGAAAAGAUGAAUUUAAUGGUAGAACAUGGGAAUAUGAUGAAGGACGUGAACCGGAGGCUGCAGGUUCACCUCCACGAGAUCCGGAGUUUGAAAGAAGUCAACCAGAAGCUUCAGGACGAUAACAACGAACUCAGAGAGUUGUGUUGUUUCUUGGACGAUGACCGGCAAAAGGGCAAGAAACUGUCGCGGGAAUGGCAGCGGUUCGGCAGGUAUACCGCCAGUGUUAUGUGGAAAGAGGUAGGCAAUUACCAGCACAAGCUGAAAGAGCUGGAGGCUAACCAAGAAACGGUGGUGAGAGAAAAUGUGGAGCUCAAGGAGAUUAUAUUGAUGCUGGAUGAGGAAAGGAACGGUGCCGGGUCCAGAAGUUCCAUAGACAGCCAAUCUAGUUUGACUAAUCUAAACGGAGGAUCCAGCAUUGUGCGGGAUGUAGGGGACGGCAGCAGCACCUCCAGCACGGGCAGUGCUGGGAGCCCGGAUCAUCACCACAAUCACAUAGGCCUUCAUAAGCCUACCGACACCAAGAUCUCAAACAUGGGGAGAUCCAUGGAUGAUCUCUCCAAUUCCCAUCUCCACAGAAGCAUACCCAAUGGACUGAAUGGUGAGUAGAAAUGGUAAUAAGCAGUAUCAAUAAGUGAAUACAUGUGUUGCCUGACAGCAUCAAAUUUGGGAUUCAACUUUCAUAAUCCACCUACAAGUUUAUGAUUAUGGAUAUAUUAUUUUAUAACGUCCAACGACCCCUGUCUUUGUUAAAGCAAGCUAUAAAGCAAAAAGGUUAUACUUCAGAAGUGAAGGUUUUUUUUAAGUACUGCCCACCAUACCAAAAAUCCAUGGUGUGCACAUUUAGCUUAAUUGUGAGGUGGAAAGGCAACGCGAAGACUAUAGGGGAAGUUUGUCCAUAAAAGGGAUUAUUCUUUUGACACAGAUAUUGUCACAUGCAUUCACACGCCCAAUUAGAAAAUCUGAAGCACAUUUGGGGUGGAAGCCACAAUGGAUGGUAACCCAGAUAGCAUUAGAUUCCAGAAUGAAAUAAGAUAGCAUUCGAUUCGAGAGUGGACCCAGAUAGCAUCCAAUUCUAGAAUGGGCCCAGAUACUGUAGCAUCAGAUGAUUCUAGAAUGGAUCCUGCCCAGAUCCAAGGCGCUGACCUGCUGGGGAAUCUUUUGCGGUGCUUUCUGCAUGGAUGUGAAUUAGAUGUUUGCUCAGGAUGAAUCUCUGAUGGGAGGAAUGCUGGCCCCUGCAAGUGGGCUCAGGCCAAAAACAUACAGUUUGUGUACAAGACGCUGUUUGCCUCUGACUGGUGCAGACAGCUCCCACUGUUUCAGACGACAAGCGCAGAUGGCCCGGCUCUAAUUACCUCAAACCUUAGCCAUAGGAAAGCAGACCUAAUGAGGAUUAAACGCCAUUUAAGAUCUAUUGCUUCAUACAGAGCACGCUGGCCCCCCCUGAGCUCCUGCAAUAAUGCGCCAAAGGGCAGUAAAUACAUGUAAACAUGACUGGUUUUAAAUUACAUCCAAACUGGGGAGAUUUAAUGCAAACUUCAGCAGCUUUCGUUAUGGCAGAGUGUUAUAUUCCCCAUAAGAAUGAUGAGCCUAUAGAAAGCUUAACAGCAGCUGAGUUUAUUGUUUGUAUUUGGCACAAUCUUAACCAAGACUGGAAAUUAUGCUGAUGGUGUGUACUUUAUGAGUGUGGUGAAAUAGCAUUAAUAUUUAGCUGGCAUACACGACGAAACAGAAUCUCUUAUGUUUUACCCCAAACUCCUACUUGUUCAGGGUAAAAGUGUAUUAGUGCAUGUGUUAAUGGCUUCCACUUUUAACAGUGAAUGUUACAAUGAUAAAAUGUGGUUGUAGCUUGAUUUACUUUCUCAAAAUAGGUAUACUUGAAGAAAUGUUAAAGGACUUAGUGCUUUCUGGUGAUCGGACCAUGACCCCACUAUAUGACUUCCUCUCAGUCCUGGCUCUUGAGGGCACACGGAAGCCUCACUAUCACUGCUUCAGAGGACUUUCUCCCCCCUUUACUGUAAAGCGCUCACUCAAAUUUAUAGCCUGACAAGAGUCAGAGUGUUUGCCAGUGCCCACUUUUUUAGAUUAUUCUGGUCAUAAAUUCACGGGAUUAAUCCUGGAGAGCUGCCCCAGCCUGGGCUUCCUGGGCUGCCGAUGACGGAUGGAUACUCCCCUGCAGAGGUGCCGGCCUUGUGGCAGGAGGAGGUUCGUUAUUUAGUGGCCUCCAUGCACAACAAAUGACCCCGUCCAUCAUGGAGAACACAGCUUUUAGGCUUAUUACUGGGGUGUAUCGCAGCGCCAAAGAGACUCCUGGAGAAUGUACUGUGUUUUGUAGUCCUAGAUUAAGUCAUAUUUAUUGCUAUAAAAUGUAGUUGUAGUAGGAUGAUUCCUGCUCACUUGAGUAAAAGCUGUCUUAGCGCAUGUGGAGGAAAUACAAGGCUGUACAAUGGACUUGGAGCUUUCAUGCUGCACCCCAUGCAUCUGUUUAGUGGUUUGUAUUUUGUGAUGAAACGGUGACUUUAUUUAAUUGUGUUUGCAUGGGUGUAGUUGAGUAUGGGGAUUCACAGAAGUUAUCUGAAACUCCGAGCAUCUUGACUCUAUCAGGAGAGCGGUGGCUGUGUGAAGGCUUGCCAAGCUGAGUGUUUGUGUACACUGACCUUUGGCUCUCAGGAUGUCAGGUGUCGUAGUUUUUCUCUUUCACUUUUAUUUUCUCUCAGUAGUUUUGCCCUCUUUUUCUUCUCUGUAUAGCCCUUCGUGAUUUCUCCCCUGUCAAGAAUUUCCUUGAAACUCAGUAUUUCAUCACUGUGUCAAACAAUUCUUUUAAACGCGGUCUGUGGGACUGUCAGCCUCGCUUUCUCCACGUUCCAGCACAUUUUCACACUCUCUCUGAAAUCCCUCUUCUUGUAAGCCAAGACCUACUUAAAACAAAGUGGUACAAACUAUUCUUAAGAUUACACAUGUACGUAAGUAUAUGUAAGUUUUUCUUUCCAAAGACCAUGUUUAUUUCUAAGAUGACAAACUGAAUGUGAGGACAGAUGAGAAUCCAGAAGGAAAGGGGUGGAGAAGUGGGAGUGGGUGUGAUGCCAAUGAACCAGUGGUUUAUUUACAAUGUAUUACCCGGUUUGACCACAUAAAGUGUAUACAUAUAGCACAUUAUAAACAUUAUUCCAAAGAUCUUUAUAUUUCUAAGAUGGCACUAGUGACUAGACGAGAGCCCAGAAAGCAGUGGAGGAUGAGGCGUGAUGUUGAUAUAUGUGGUUUAUUUAAGAUUCAUUGCUUUAUCUGACCCCAUAAAGUGCAUAUAUGGGUAUAUUGCCUACAUAUUUGUUUAAAAAGACCUGGUUCAUUUCUAAGAUGGCCUCUGUGUGUUGGAAACUGUGCUUGAGGACAGAUGAGCGCCCAUAAGGACAGUGGUGUUGGAGGAGGAGGAG